AUGCCUAAUAUACAAGCCUAUUGUAGCCGAGAAGCUAUGUAUACAAAAUCUAUAGCUUCUAAAGUAAUGACACGUAAUAGAUUUGAACUGUUGCAACGUAUGUUGCAUUUUGCAGAUAAUCAGGAUAAUCCAGAUAAUGAUAGACUGCAUAAGAUUCAACCUUUGAUUGACAAAAUAGUACAUAAUUUUAAAACAUCAUAUGAACCUUCCGAGACUUGUUGCAUUGAUGAGUCCCUUAUUCCAUUUAGGGGAAGAUUAAUAAUGCGACAGUACAUAAGAAACAAGCGCUAUAAGUAUGGAAUAAAAGUAUUCAAAUUAUGCAGCAAAGGAGGAUAUACCUAUAAGUUUAAAAUUUAUGCAGGAAAAAAUUUAGACCAAGGUCAUACUACACCCACAUCUGUAGUUAUGACUCUUUUCGAGCCCAUACUAGAUUCAGGCCGCACUCUUGUAACAGACAACUGGUAUACAAGUGUAGAUUUGGCAAAAAGAUUGAUGGAUAGGCAAACAUAUUUGAUAGGCACAUUGCGAAAAAACAGACGAGGCCUUCCCAAAGACUUGGUCAACAAAAAACUUAAAUGUGGAGAGAUAGAGGCUCUCGAAAAUCAGGACGGUGCCACAGUAAUUUCCUGGAAUGACAAACGCAACGUUUUAGUGCUUGCUACCAAACAUAGCAACAUAACAGUAGACACGACAAACCGCAGACAAAAAAACUGUAAAGAAGCCUGA